CGUAAAUUUACCUUACAACCAAUUCCUAUAAUGGCUGAACAUGUUCUUAAUGGCGUUAUUACCGAGGACCCAGUUAUUCUCCCUAAUAUUCAAGAAAAGCAGGAAAAGUAUAAAAAUGCUGGGCGUCCUAAACACCCAGUUUGGAAUUAUUUUUUAACUAUUAAAAAAAAGGGAGAACAUGAUGGUGCGGAAUGUUUAUAUUGUCAUGAUAGAUGGGAACAUGGCAAACCAUCAGAAAUGGAAGCUCAUCUUGCAAAGCAAUGCAAAUUAGUUCCUG